AUGAACUGGGAGAUAAAGCAAAUGGAUGUGAAAAAUGCUUUUUUACAUGGUGACCUUAAUGAAACAGUCUACAUGAAGCAGCCAGCUGGAUUUAUUGACAAAAACCAUCCGGAUCAUGUUUGCUUAGUGGCUAUGUCAACAUGUGCGUUAGUCAACAUCUUAGCAGGACGACUGCAGUAUUUGACAUUAACAAGACCAGACCUGCAGUUUGCCAUUAACUUUGUAUGCCAAAAGAUGCAUGCUCCCUCAAUAUCUGAUUUCAAUCUUCUCAAAAGGAUCCUUCGAUACAUCAAGGGCACAACUACUAUGGGAGUCUCGUUUUACAGAAACACAUGUUACAAGCUGCACGCAUAUAGUGACAAUGAUUACUCCGGUUGUCCCUCGACUAGCCGCUCCACGGGCAGAUUUUGCACUUUCCUUGGACACAAUCUGAUCUCUUGGUCAUCCAAGAAGCAGCAAACUGUCUCUAAAAGCUCCAGUGAAACUGAAUACAGAGCCAUGUCUGAAGCGGCAUCUGAAAUCACUUGGAUCGUCAACCUGCUUCAUGACUUUGGGGACUCAAUAGCAUACAACACCGGAACUCUACUGUGA